AUGCCGCCUCACAACAUCAUCUUUGGCCACCUCGGUCUUAUAGCCGGCAUCCAGAAAGGUCUUCCAGCAGAUGCUCAUGGGCACUAUUUGGCCGAUCAAAUCCGCCAGAGGUACCCUUCCCUUGGAUCGACCUUUUACGUUGACUUAUGGCCGUUCUCCGAUCCUAUGCUUAUGGUCACCGAUCCGGAUGUCAUUGCGCAAUUCAGCACCGCUGAUCAUCUACUCCCCAAGCAUCCGGGAAUCAAGACCUUCCUGUACCCCAUAACUGGGGGCUUCGACCUUAAUUGCCUCGAUGGAGAGACCUGGAAGUUUUGGAGGCGGCUCUUCAAUCCUGGGUUUUCGGCUGCACACAUUCAGACCCUUGUACCCACGAUUGUAGAAGAGGUGGCAGUCUUUCGUCAAGACUUGUUUCACAGAGCACGUGAUGGGAAGAUGUUCUCUUUCGAAGAGCACACCCUUAGUCUCUCGAUUGACGUGAUCGGUAGAGUUGCAUUAGACACUAAACUCAAUACUCAAGGCCAGCCUAGCCCGUGGAUCUCUGCUUUGCUGCACCAGAGACAGUGGGCAGCAUUUGGGCUAGAGAUGGGCAUCUGGAUGCUCAUCAAUCCCAUGCGCUAUUUCCACAUGUGGAACAACCGUAGAAUAAUGGACAAAUACAUUGACCGCGACCUUGAUGAGAGAUAUGGGACGCGAAAAGGGGACUCCAAAAGCAAGACUAUCGUAGAUCUCGCUUUAGCUGGCUAUAAGUCCAAAGGAAGCGACACCAAUCAGGGCAAAGGCCAGAUUGAUGCCGUGUUCCGGAAGUACGCGCGAAGCCAGAUGAAAGUCUUCAUAUUCGCAGGUCAUGAUGCUGCAUCCACGACGAUGUGCUACUGCUGGCUCUUGUUGUCGCGCAAUCCUCAAGCCAUGGCCAAGAUACGCGCUGAAAUCGAAAGCGUACUUGGGCCCAAAAAAGACCAGGCUGCGUCUAUACUGUCAAAUGAUCCAUCACUAUUGAACCGCCUUACAUACACUCUUGCCGUCAUCAAAGAGACCCUUCGACUCUUCCCCGUCGUCUCAGCAGCCCGAGGUGGAUUGAAGAACUUCAUCUUGACCGACUCUACUGGACAACGCUUCCCAACAGAGCAUUGUCUCGUAUGGGCGGUCCAUCACGGCCUUCAUCACAAUUCACUUUGGUGGCCUCGGGUGAACGAGUUCAUCCCCGAACGUUUUCUUACCGAUCAAGAGCGCCCCGAAGAGCUUCGACCAAAGAAAAGCGCAUGGCGUCCUUUCGAGCUGGGACCGCGAGCAUGCAUCGGAACAGAACUUGCAAUGACGGAGAUGAAGAUCGUACUUGCUCUUACGGUCCGUGACUUAGACCUUAAAGAAGCCUUUGAAGAGUGGGACCGGACGAACAAGCCCAAGGGCGUCAAGACAGUGGAUGGAGAAAGAGCCUAUCAGGUACAACUAGGCUCAGCGCAUCCGGUGGAUGGUUUUCCUGUGCGCAUUGUUGCUCGUUAA